AUGGGUCUGCUUGGGUUGAUCAAAAGAUUCAAGAGUCAGCGAGGAAAAGAAUUAAGAAUAUUAUUACUCGGUUUGGACAAUGCAGGUAAAACUACUAUAUUGAAAAGUUUGGCUGCCGAAGACAUAACGCAUAUUACGCCAACUCAGGGCUUCAACAUCAAAAGUGUAGUAUCAGAUGACGUGAAAUUAAAUGUUUGGGAUAUUGGCGGACAAAGAAAAAUACGUCCAUAUUGGAAAAAUUAUUUUGAAAAUACCGAUGUUUUGAUAUAUGUUAUUGAUAGCUGUGACCGCAAACGAUUUGAUGAAACAGGCAUGGAACUGUUUGAACUGCUGGGGGAAGAAAAGCUUAGAAAUGUUCCAUUACUGAUUUAUGCUAAUAAACAAGAUUUAGUGGCUGCUGCGAAAGCAAAUGAAAUAGCUGAAGGUUUGCAACUCUUAUCCAUACGUGAUCGAUCUUGGCAAAUUCAAGCAUGUUCUGCUAUUACAGGGGAAGGCAUCAAGGUCUGUUUCUUUUCCUUAUUAAAAUGCUCCAUAUAUUUUUCAAGCCAAAAUUAA